UAUGAAUAAGGUUGUAUGCAGUGUUUCCAUUAUUCGCCACUAGAUGGCAGUAAUACUGCUUGGCUUGUUUUAACCUGCCGUAAAUAGUUCACACGAAGAAGAAACCAAUGGUUUCCCCAUGCAAUCGUUAGCUUAUAAUGUUAUCGGUUGUAAACAAAGUGUGAGUUCAGUCUGGACAUUGUGCGUACCGUUUUGUGAUUGUUGUCUCACUGUACCGCUGGUGAACAGGUGGUGAGCUGCUUGUCAAACAUGGUACAGCUGCAUGUGAAGCGCGGAGAGGAGAGCCAGUUUCUGUUCAACACCACCGUGGACGCGCCUCUGGAGACGGUGAUCCAGCAGAUUACAGCCGUUUACAACGGGAGACUCAAAGUGGACAGGAUAUGUUCAGAAAUCCCAGAGUUGGCAGACCACGGCAUCACACUACCGGCCAACAUGCAGGGGCUGACAGAGGAGCAGAUUGUGGAGCUGAAACUGAAGGAUGAAUGGGAAGACAAGUGCGUGCCCAGCGGAGGGGCAGUACUUAGGAAGGAUGAGAUUGGGAGGAGGAAUGGACACGCUCCAAAUGAUAAAAUGAAAGAGGUGUUGAUGAGAACUGUGGAAGAGGCAAAGGCACUCAUCUCCAAAAAACAAGUUCAAGCUAAUGUUUGUGUCACCGUCGAGACAAUAAAGGAAGCCUUGGAACCGCUAAAGGGUGCGGUCAUGAUCGUGUACCCCAUGGGGCUGCCUCCUCAUGACCCUAUCAGGAUGGAGUUUGAGGACCGGGAAGACCUUUCGGGAACACAGGCAUCUCUGCAGGUGAUCACAGAGGACGAGUGCCAACUAUGGUGGGCUGCCAAAGAGAUGCAGAGGGGGAAAAAACUGCAAGACUACAUUGGCAAAAAUGAAAAGACAAAACUUGUGGUCAAAAUCCAAAAGAAAGGGCAGGGGGCGCCUGCGAGAGAGCCUCUGAUCACUGAUGAGCAGCAGAAACACAUGAUGAUGCAUUACCACAGGAGGCAGGAGGAGCUGAAGAAACUGGAGGAGGCAGAUGAUGAUAGCUACCUGGACUCACAGUGGGCAGACAGACAAGCCCUGAAAAAACAGUUUCAAGGCCUCUCCAACAUCAAAUGGGGGCCGAGAUAAAGACCACUACUACUAGGAGUCCCACCUUGGAGCUGCUGCUGUUAAGAGUUGCUCGGUUACAGCUCUAUAUGCAACAGACUGCGUUAUUAUCACAAUCUUGAAACCAGUUUGAUAUCUGUGUUUUUCAAGGUCUCCCAGAGAACACACAGCAGCUGUGUUCAUAUGCCUUUGAGUAGAUUUAUUUCUGAGAUUCAAGACAAACAUCUACAAUAUUUUUUUUAACUGAACUGAAAGAUACUAUAGACAUUGUAUGACAGAACAGGUAAUGAUGUCACAUGGAGGCCGAUGUCAUUAUAAACAAGUUUUAUUUGAACUGAA